AUGAAACACGUAAAUUAUUCACUCUUUUUACUUGCAGUUUUAUGUAUGUUAAAGCCAAUUUCCGUUUUAUCAGUACUUUCCGGAGAUUGGCCGACAGUUGAUCUUCCUCCUCCGAUAAAUCAGACAUAUACUGCUCUUGUAAACUUGACUUCGGUUAGUCCAGCUCCUGUGAAUAUUUCCUGCCCAACUGGUAACAGUGACAGUUAUUGCCGUACGGAUUGUAGUGGUUGCGUUCGAAGCAAUGAUAUUAUCGAAUAUUGGGGUCUUACUAUAGCUGGUGGUCCAUGUCCAUUUACGAGUACAGUCCUGGACUUUUUAGAUACUCAAAACAUUAAAGUUACUUUCUUUGUCGUUGGUUCUAGAGUAUAUCAAUAUCCUGAAAUAUUACAAAGAAUUCUUAAAUCUGGACAUGGGAUUGGUAUACUUAAUUGGUCAAACUCUUCGUUGGUAAAUCAAACUAAUAAACAAGUUAUUUCAGAACUUAAAUGGGCUAUGGAAGCUGUAAAAGCUGCUGUUAAUGUUACCCCAAAGCUUAUGAGUCCUCCAUUUGAACAACUUGAUGAUCGAAUUCGAAAUAUUUCAACUCAACUUGGUCUAAAACCUGUCCUUCGGGAUUUAGAUACUUAUGAUUGGUUUUCAGAUGGUGAUCCAACUUUUGAUCUUUCCUGGAUCGUAAAUAAUUUUACUCAAUGGGUAGCUGAUCCAACUAUCAAUACUACUGGUCAUAUCUCUCUACAACAUGACUCAUAUAAUCAAACCGCUACUAAAAUUCCUUUGGUCAUACCAAUUCUUAAAAGUGCUAGUUAUAAUAUUAAACCUGUUUCGGUUUGUAUAGGGGACAAUCAUCCAUAUGUUGAAGAUGUUAAUUUGGAUGGCUCACCUUUACGUAGAAUAAGUCGACAUCAUUCUAUAGCUGGAUUUGGUCCUAAUGUUGAAGAACGAUUUGCAAAAUAUCAAAAAUUUUAA